AUGGCCUCUUCGCUCUCGUGUGGAGCACUAACCGGAGCAGUCACCGGCGCGCUGGCGGGCAGAGCCUCCGAUAGCGGCGUUCUCCGGGGAGCUAGAUCUGGAGCUAUCACCGGGGCUGUCCUCUCCAUCGUGGUUCUCCAGGCAUCUCGCGCCUACUGGUGCUCGGACCGGCUCGGCGCGUCAUCCAUGUCCAUGACAGAUUUCAUAGAGCAGCUCCUUCAUGCCCGGUUUGAGCAACAGCGGCUUGGAUUUUCAGCACAUACAUCACACCAGUCGCAGGCCAGCAUAUCCGACUUUGGUCACGAUGAUGCGUAUGAAAUCUUCGGAGACAUUUCAUUGAGAGGGCUUUCGCACGAGUCCCUGAAGAAAUUGCCACACUAUGUGGUAACUGAUCAGGAUAUGGUAGCUGGCGAGACAGCAAGGAGGUUGCCGAAUUGCUCCCAUACUUUUCACCAGCCCUGCGUGGACAAAUGGCUCUUUACCCACGGUUCUUGCCCUGUGUGUCGGCAACAUGUGCAGCGUAUAUAGGAAUACAUGCAUUUUUUACAAUCGAGUUCUCUGUCCUAGAAGGAAUUAAUUAUGUAAAAUAUCUGCUCUCAUACAAUGUAGAAAGGGAGAGGAGAGAGAGUAUACACACACCGCGUACUCCAAGCAAGUGGAUCUUUACAUCUGACAUUUUAUCUUACAUUCCGCGGAAAAUGUUGUGUGGAAACGUCUGCCAUAGAAUGUA